GCCCACGCGUAGAAUGUAAACAUAACACAAAACCGCAAACACAAGACAAUUUGAAUCUUUAUUUUCGUCUGCGAUUAAAAAUAAUAAUGGGCAGGAACAACCAAAGUAAUCAGAACAAAAACAAACCUGGUGAUUUCGACGUGUGGAGCAAUCGAGAGAGACGAAAGUUGGCUCGGAAAAUUUACACAGAGAGCAAGUUCCAGUACUUGUACAACGAAGAGGGGUUGCUCGUGAGCACAGGAGAGAACCUCUGCGACUGCAACAUUCCUGAGUGCGGAGGUUGUCACUUCCCUUGUCCCAAAUGCCGAUCGUUGAAAUGUGGACAUGAUUGCAGAAAAAAUCGUAAAUGGAGAUAUGAGACUAUCAAGUGUGACUCCAGGCAAUGAGUGCUUAUGGAAAAGGAAAAAAAUCAACAGCAGCAUUCUCUCAAUAAUUUAAUUUUAAACGCUUAGUAAUACAAAGUGUGCAAUUGUAAAAAAUAUUAAUACACCGAACCUUUGUCUUCUUCAUACAAGAAAAAUAUUGGCACUUGGUGUCCAUUUAGGAAAACAAUUUCAACAUGUCUAAUUAAAUAAAUCGCAGCUAUGCCAUAAGCUAGGCAUGGAAUACCUGUAAAUUUUUAAUCAUAAUAUUUUCAUAUUUUUCUUUAAAAGUACAAUAUAUAUACCAAGA